AGUAUGUUACGAGAUUCGCAAAUGCAAAUAUAACAAUCUGAAGGUCAAAUGAAAAUUCAAUCGUCGUGGCGAAAAAAAGCAUGAUCACAUAAUAAAAACAAAUUGAACCAGAAAGUGAGUACCUCCUUUAUCAGAUGUUAUCAGGAAUAAAGACCGGAACAAUUUAUCUUCUUCACUUAUCAUAUAUCAAUGAAUUGAUUCAUAAAUCGGAUGAAAAUUCCAUAAAUCCUCCGAAAAUAUAAUUAGUUAUUAGACCCCUCGUGUUUACCAAUCCAAAUUAUUGUUUGAGUUCAAAUCCUCCUCCGUGUUGAUAUAUAAUUUAAGAGUAUUCAUUAAAACCGUCAGUAAUGAUUAUUAUUGAAAGAAAACAACGUCAUUCGCCACCACAUCAGUGAUAAAAUAGAUGAUGAGUGUAGUAUCAAUUUCAUCGAAGUUUCCUGAGAACUCAAUACGAAAGUGAAUUAGUAUAACCUUGAUUUUCGAGAGAUCUGCAAAGCAAUAACCACGAUGUUUGGACCCAAAAUAGUCAGAGUUCUUGGAACAAGCGCAAGAUGCUACAGCUACCUUCAUCAAGUGGGGCCGGAACCCCUUCAAUAUAUUACAAUAGGUCAGCUUCUAGAGAAGUCGGCAAAAAGUUAUGGAGAUCGGGACUUUAUAAAAUCCCUGCACCAAAACAAGAAAUUCACAUAUGCAGAAGCCUUAGAAGAAUGUGAUCGUUUUGCAGCUGGGUUAUUAAAGAUUGGCUUGAAGAAAGGAGACAGGGUAGGACUUUGGUGUCCGAGUAUUAUCGAAUGGCCUACAGUAAAGUUCGCUUGUGCCAGGGCCGGAUUAAUCCUAGUAGCUUUGAAUCCUAGUUAUCAAGUACCUGAAAUGGAGUAUUCGAUAAAUAAAGUGGGUGUCAAAUGCCUUAUAUGUCCGGACAAAGUCAAGAAAAUGAACUAUUACGAAAUGCUCAACACCUUGAUUCCUGAACUUGAAAACAGUGAGGCUGGUCAGUUGAAUUCCAGUAGAGUACCAUCAUUGAAAAGUUUGAUAACUAUUUCAGAAGAUAAUUUCAAAGGAAGCUAUAAUUACCAUGACAUCACCCGCUGUUCAGAUACAAGUCUAGUCAAUAGUAUAAAAAAAAAUCAGAGCUCAAUAUCCCCUGAUGCUCCCUUUUCGAUUUUAUUCAGUUCCGGCACAACUGGAAAACCAAAGGCAGCUGUAGUUUCGCAUUUUUCACAUGUGAAUAACGCUAUAGUUAUUGGGAGAAGAAUGGAACUGGACCAAAAACAGCAUAAAAUAUGCAUGAUGGUUCCCUUCUUCCAUUCGUUCGGCAUCAAUAUCAGUGUGAAUUCUUGCGUAACUUAUGGCUCUACAAUAGUUUUGCCUACAACCACCUACGACCCUGCAGCCAAUCUGACAGCUCUCAGUAAUGAAAAGUGCACUGUUAUCCAUGGAACCCCCACAAUGCACUUGGAUCUCAUUACCGAGCAAAGAAAGAGGAAUGAAGACAUCUCACCGGAAAUAGCGAUCACUGGUGGGGCUCCAGUUUCACCUCAUCAAUUCACCACCAUGUUGGACGUGCUGAAGUUAAAGUCAGUUAAGAGCAUUUAUGGAUUGACCGAAACAACAUGUAUGGUCUUCACAUCCAAUCCAGGAGACGAUUUGGAGAAAUCCACAGCUACAGUUGGUUUGCUUGGUGACCACACUGAAGUUAAGGUUGUGGACACCGAUGGAAAUGUGGUACCAUUUGGAACACCUGGAGAGCUGUGGGUCAGAGGCUACAUGAUAAUGAAAGAAUAUUGGGGUGAGAAGGAGAAAACAGAGUCCACACUGGAUAAGGAUGGUUGGCUGAAGACGGGUGAUCAGUUCGUUAUUGGAGAAGACGGCUAUGGGAGAAUAGUAGGAAGACUCAAAGAUAUGAUUAUUAGAGGAGGCGAAAACAUAUUCCCUAAAGAAAUUGAGGAUGUCCUGAUCAAACAUCCGGAUAUCAUAGAAGUCCAUGUGAUAGGUUUGCCACAUGAAAGGCUAGGAGAAGAAGUGGGUGCAUGCAUAAGGCUGAAAGACAACUCCGAAGUAUCUUCCAAAGAAAUAAUAGAAUUCUGCAAAGGCAAAAUGGCGCAUUUUAAAAUACCGAAACACAUAAAAUUCGUUGAACAAUUCCCCAAGACUGAAUCUGGCAAAGUUCAAAAAUUUUUAUUAGUUAAACAGUAUUCCCAAUGAUAAUAAUAAUGAGGUAUAAAGGGUGAUCGAUCAAAAAAUGGAGGAUAUUUCACUUGUUGUCUAAGGGUAAUAUAAAGGCUUUUUUCUACAUUCAUGCAAAAAGCAAAACUUUA